AUGUCCGACCUCAAGAUGCUCGAAGAUCCGGCGUUCGCCGAGCCCGUUAUCGAUCUCAUCCACCACCCACUGCUGGGCUUCGCUGUGAGAGGCUGUCGCAGCGAGCAGCGAAGACGAAUUGACUCAGCCGCGCCUGGUACGGACGUUUUCAUCGAGCCUCGGCGCCGGUCCAACAUCGACACUCAGGACCAGCUCAUCGCGUCCUUCGAGCACUCGGUCUUCGGAGGGUUGCUUCUUCGCCGGACAGAAGCAGUACAACAUAGCCCGAUCCUGGGCUGGCUACCUGGCGGCCCGCGGUAA